AGGUUAUGUCGUGUUGUUUUGGGUUUCGCACGUCAGGGGAAAAAGCACGUGCAUUUUGAGUAUUUUAGUGAAAAAGAGCUUGGACAAUGGGUAAGGCGAAGAGGAAGAACAUGAAACCCAGUCAGGAGCCGGAGAAGGUGGGCCUGGAGGAGCAGAUAAUGGAGAGCAAAAUGCCCAAACAGAAGAACCGAGUGAAAAUCCGCAUGAAAGCUGAAGAGGAGAAUUUUGUCGAUGCUCGCAUGACCAGAAAGAUUCUCGAUGUUGCCCGGAAGCAGCAAAUGGAGAGCUUGGCUGAUGAUCCAGUUGACUUUACUGCCAUGUCGGGUCCAACGCCGGCGGAGGCGGCGAAGAUCUUCAGGAAGGCGAGCAAGGCUCCCAAACUGAGUCGUCCCGUGGAUUCUGAUGAUGAGGAUGACGACGGGCAGAUUGAUGAGCAGCCAGAAGUCACGGAGCACGAUUUCUUCGAUGACAUCAAAGUGAGCGAGGAGGACGAGAAGGCGCUCGAGAUGUUCCAGAACAAAUCCGGGCCGAAGACGAAGACGCUGUCGGAGAUCAUCAUGGAGAAGAUCGCGGAGAAGCAGGGUGAGCUGCACACGCAGCUCUCGGACGUGGGAUCGCUGAAGAUCGAGGAGAUUGACCCGAGAGUGAGGGAGAUGUACGAAGGCGUGCGCGAUGUGAUGAAGAAGUAUCGCAGCGGAAAGGUGCCCAAGGCCUUCAAGGUGAUUCCCAAGCUGCGCAAUUGGGAGCAGAUUCUGUUCAUCACGGAGCCACAUCACUGGAGCGCCGCGGCCAUGUACAGAGGCACGCGCAUCUUCAGCUCCGUGCUGUCGCACCCGAUGGCGCAGCGAUUCUACAAUCUCGUCCUCAUGCCGCGCAUCCGGGACGAUCUGUGCGAGUACAAGAGGCUCAACAGUCAUCUGUACGCCGCCCUGCGAAAGGCGCUCUUCAAGCCGGCCGCCUUCUUCAAGGGCAUCAUCCUGCCACUCCUUGAGUCCGGCGACUGCAAUCUGCGCGAGGCGAUCAUCUUCGGCAGCGUGAUUGCUCGCAAUCAGAUUCCCGUGCUGCACUCCUCCGCCUGCCUGCUGAAGAUCUGCGAGAUGGAGUAUUCCGGCGCGAACUCCAUCUUCAUCCGCAUUCUGCUGGACAAGCGCUACGCUCUGCCGUACAGAGUCGUGGACGCGGCGGUGUUUCACUUCGUGCGCUUCGAGCACGACAAGAGGACGAUGCCAGUGCUGUGGCACCAGAGCUUCCUCACGUUUGUGCAGCGCUACAAGAAUGACAUCUCAUCGGAGCAGAAGGAGGUGCUGCUGGGCGUGCUCAGGAAGCAAUCCCACCCAAAGCUGACGCCUGAGAUUCGACGGGAGUUGCUGGCGGCAAAGUGCAGAGACGUUGAGGUGCCCAUCGAUCAGCAGAUGGACGAGGAAGCUGGCCAGGAGGUGGAAUACGACCCCGUGUUUGAUACUCCGAUGGAUAGUGAUUGAGAAAGUGAAUGGAGAAAAUAUACAAUAUAUUUUGCAAAUCACUGUUUUCGAGCAUGAAAGGCACAGUUUAUUAAACAAUUUCUCAAGGGAAGAAACGCAAGGAUCUC